GUCUCCGUUAACGAGGGGUUGCGAUUAAAAGAUAUUAGUAAUCGGGAAAACCGCGGCGAAUUGCGGGGCCUGACAUCACAGGGCAAAAAGCCUUCUACAUUCUUCGAUUCGCCCCACCAAAAAUGAGCAUCGAAUUUCUCAAGUGACAACUUACCUUUAAGAAGAAAUCGAGAGCGGUAGCCCUCACUAACGUAGUGCAAUUAACUGCUUAUAACUGCUUAGCAUUCUACUUGGCUCGUCAAAAUGUCGACUACGGUGGAAAAGAUCAAAGAGAUCGAGGCCGAAAUGGCCCGAACUCAAAAGAACAAAGCAACUUCGUUUCACUUGGGUCAGCUAAAGGCAAAGUUGGCCAAACUGAAGCGAGAGCUCCUAACUCCCUCAUCGAGUGGUGGUGGCGGCGGUGGUGCCGGUUUCGACGUCGCCAGAACUGGUGUUGCCAGUGUUGGAUUUAUUGGGUUUCCGUCCGUGGGAAAAAGUACUUUGAUGACCAGGUUGACUGGUCAACACUCCGAAGCUGCCGCGUAUGAAUUCACUACCCUGACAUCCGUACCUGGACAAGUCAUGUACAAUGGAGCUCCAUUGCAGAUGAUCGAUCUCCCUGGUAUUAUUGAGGGAGCUAAGGAUGGCAGAGGUCGUGGUCGUCAGGUGAUUGCUGUCGCUAAGACUUGCCAUUUGAUAUUCAUUGUGCUAGACGUGAAUAAGCCCCUGACGGACAAGCGAGUUAUCGAGACGGAACUAGAAGGAUUCGGUAUUCGUAUUAACAAGGAACCGCCAAACAUCACCUUCAAGAAGAAGGACAAGGGUGGGCUCAACAUUACAAGUACCUUACCCUUAACCCACAUCGACCAUGACGAAAUCAGGGCCGUCAUGUCCGAGUACCGUAUCAACUCAGCAGAUAUUGCGAUUCGCUGUGAUGCUACGAUUGAUGAUUUGAUCGACAUCCUGGAAGCCAAGAGUCGUAGCUACAUACCUGUCAUUUACGUCCUCAACAAGAUUGACGCAAUCAGCAUCGAGGAGCUGGAUCUGCUGUAUCGAAUCCCCAACGCGGUACCCAUUAGUUCUGAACAUGGGUGGAACGUCGAUGAGUUGAUGGAGGCCAUGUGGGACAAGCUAAAAUUGGUCCGGGUUUACACGAAGCCAAAAGGAAAGAUGCCGGACUAUUCAGCACCUGUUGUGCUUCGUUCCACUAGGUGCACAGUCGAGGACUUUUGCAACGCAAUCCAUCGGAGCAUAGUCGAGCAGUUUAAAACCGCAAUAGUCUACGGAAAAUCUGUGAAGCACCAACCCCAACGCGUGGGGCUUGCUCACGAGCUGGCCGACGAAGAUAUAGUCACGAUCGUCAAGAGAUGAGUGGCCAGACUCAAAAGAGCGGCUAGGUCCCCUAUGCGCUCUCGGCCCACACGCGAUGGUGAAGGGUGUCAAGUGUCGAGUGUCGA